AGUGAAUUCUCCAAAAUUCUCCAGAAUUUUCCCAAAACUUCCCAAAAAAUUUUCCCACCGUUCUCACCCUGUUUUGACAAUUUCAUUAUUGCGCCACACGGUUAUUCGGCAAACUACUGUGCUGGUCGUUGCGCGAAGCAUGAGAAUAUGAACGGUCAUCGACGUCUACUGCAAAAUAUCACUGAGCCGUGCUGUGCACCAGCAAAAUAUGAUCCAUUCGAAGUGCUCUACGCAGUUUCCGAGACGGACAUACGUAAACGACUUCUACAUGGCAUUACAGUAUCCGAAUGUGGAUGUCUUGCUUAG